AUGAAACGUAACGAAGACACGGAGAGAAAGAUGUGCAGACGAAUGAUAGAUGAUAUCAAAAUAGAUAGAAGAUGCACACUUAAGAUGAGCUGUACUGAAUCGUAUCUGAGUAAUAUUCAACCGACUCCGCAUUUGAAUCAUCCGUCGAACUAUUAUCCAGAAUGGACUUCCACGCAGCCCUAUCACCUCAGCUCUAGUAGCUAUAUCGCGGCCGCAUCGUCCACCACUUCGUCCUCGUCAAUAUCACCCUCAUAUGCUCCACCACCGUCCACUUCACAGCAAUGGACGUCGACCAUUAAUCAUACUAAUCAUAAUAAUAUCAAUCAUCAUUUCAACUGUAAUACUAGCAAUAAUACUAGUACUACAAAUAACACCGCUAAUAAUACUCACCACCAACAACAGCCAAGCACAUAUAAAUGGAUGCAUGUGCGACGUACCCACACCAAGACUGCAGUUAACGUUAUUUAUUAUGAGCAAACAGUCGCAGUAGCGCCUUCGAUAAAUUAUCUGAUUACAGCACCGAAACGGCGUGUCAUCGCUGACUCGAAUGUGAACCGUACCAAUUUCUCAACACAUCAAUUAACUGAGCUCGAAAAAGAGUACUAUACGUCGAAAUAUUUGAACAGAACCCGACGAGCUGAAAUCGCUUCAUUUUUGCAACUCAAUGAAACUCAGGUGAAAAUAUGGUUUCAAAAUAGGCGAAUGAAGGAGAAGAAACGACAGAAAGAGCAAGCGUUUUUAGCCCGUGGUACCUCAUCGUCGAUUUGUGAUACGACACAAGCGUCUGACGUUACUUGGUCGGAAUCUCCGUCGAGUACUCCAAAUGAUUCACCGAAAAUGUUACCUCCGAACGUUUAA